UAGGAUGUUGGGGGCGGGUUGUGUGGUUGACAAACAUGCCUUUUAUGUAGCCUUAUCGAGUCUUUAGUAUCUAGCUUCUGUUACCAGGUAACUUUGUAACAACACUUAGUCAUCGUUAUUCGCCAUCAUUCACAUGAGUUCAUAAAUCCUAUCAAAAUAUUUCCUCAAUUUCAGGUUCACGCACCCUUCUACCCUCGGACUAAGCAUAAAGCUAUUAACAACUAAACAACUACCUAGUAACUAGAUGGAAUUAGUUGUUUAUGAGGUCCACCCGCACAUAGCAUUACUGCGUGAGUUAUGCGGUGAAACCCAUGAAGAAUCACUUUCUGAUGACUCAGACGAUGAAAGUUACCUAAAGGGUCUUGAUCCCAAAAACUGGAAAAGUCAAGAUCAUUAUUCUGUUUUGGGGCUCAGAAAGAAGCGCUUUCUUGCUUCUUCUGAUGAUAUCAAGAGAGCAUAUCGCAGAAAAAUCUUGAAUCAUCACCCUGACAAACGUCGUUCAAAGGGGGAGUUUGUUCAGGAUGAAAAACUAGAUUACUUUUCAUGUAUAACUAUAGCAUACGAAAUACUUGGAAAUCCCGUCAAACGUCUUGCAUAUGAUAGUGUGGAUCCAGUCGCCAUCGAUGAUUCAGUUCCUACCAUUAGUGAAAUCAAGUCCAACUUCUUCACUUCAUUGGGAAACUUUUUUUAUCGUAAAUCUAGGUGGUCUAAAAAGCAACCUACUCCGCACCUUGGUAACAAUCUAACUGAUAUAGAGGAAGUCCUCAAGUUUUAUGACUUCUGGGAGGAAUACGAUACCUGUCGUGAUUACUCAUAUUUAGACGAAGAAGAUAAGGAAAAAGGUGAAGAUCGAGAAACAAGACGUGCUAUAGAGAGACAAAAUCGUAUUGAACGAGCACGUCGAAGGAAUGAAGAAGUAAACAAUGUUCGAAACAUAGUCCUUCUUGCUAAGGAAAAUGAUCCAAGAAUUCUAGCUGCAAAUAAGGCUGCUCGUGAUGCUAAGGAAGCGAAACGUCAGGCUCGUUUAGCUGCUGUGCAGAAACGACGUGAAAUGGAGGAAGAGCAACAGAAACGUGAAGCUGAAGCUGCUGCACUUGCCCGUGCUGCCAGUGAAGAGCGUCGGAGGUCGGAAGCUGAACGUGUUCGCAAGGAACGUGACUUAAAUCGCAGUGAGGCUAAACGUGAAAGGCGUCAAUUGCGGAGCCUCCUUGUCGAGCGGUUCAACUACUUUUUAGUUGGUGAUAAAACUGAUACAUCUAAAGUAGGAUCUCAUCAAGUCAAAGUUUUAGCUGAUAUGGAUUUGUUAUGUCAGCGUUUGUCGAAUGUUCAAUUGCAUGAAUUAAAUGAAUAUUUGGAACAAGCCGAUACCUCUGAUAAAGCACAUCGCAUUUUCUCAGCCAAGGUAGAAUCAGUUAAACACGAGCUUCAAGCAAAUAAUCUGCAGACACAAACUAAACAAAAACCUGAAGAGAUUCCUAGUACAGAAAGCCAAACUAAUACUUCUAAAUGGACAACAGAAAUGAUCCAGGUUUUGGUUAAAGCAGUUAAUAUUCUUCCAGCUGGAACACCUAAACGUUGGGAAGCGAUAGCUGCCUAUUUAAAUCAGCAUAUCAGUGGUGUCUCUGUAUCCGGUAAAGAUGUCUUAAAGCAAGCAAAACUGUUAAAAGAGGAAGAUUCUAAUUUACGUAAAACAGCUAAUACUAAAGCAUUUGAUUCAUUUAGUAAUUCUGUCAGAGAAACUGAUGCUGUCAAAAACGUGACAAUCACAACUCAAUUAGAAGCUGAAGCAUCUCGUCCUUGGACAGUUGUUGAACAACGUGCCUUAGAACAAGCCCUCAAGACUUAUCCAAGUAACGCUGGAGAUCCUGGUUCGGAUGAUCGUUGGCAACUUAUUGCAAAUGUUGUCGGUACUCGUACUCGACGUGAAUGCAUAAUACGGUGUAAAGAGUUAGCAGAACAGGUGAAUUUACUCUUAAAUUUAAAAGUUAGAUACAGAUUACUUACUGUGAAGUAUGAGUUUUCUUAUAGUUAUUAAUAUGCCCUUUUAAUGCAUGUCUAAAAGUAAGAUACUUAUGUUUGUAACUAUACCUAUGUACAGAUGUAUGUAUUAUUUUCAGAAGACUUAAAACACGUUCUGCAUUUUCAGAUCCUGUCCUAAUAAACCGCCUCUCCUCAAAAACUCUUGAUUUAGAACAAGAUAUAUAUAAGCGAACAAUGUUGUCUUCAAUUAGAUCCUCAUCAGGCUUCACUGUAAUAUACACUAAUAUUUAUAUGCAUAUACGAAAUUAUUGAACUAAUCAAGACACUACGAGUCAGUGAUAACAGUGGAGUAGAUUACAUACAUUAACAUAAUAAAUAGAAAGUACAACUCGAUACUGUGAUAAUGGGUGUAGUAGUUGCGAUAGGAAUAACAAAGGCUCGAGCCCAUGUUUCAUAAUGGGAAAUAGGUCAAUGAUUUAGAAAAUAUGAAUGCUGAAACAACAUUCAUAAAAGCUACAAGAUUGCGUAAUAAAAAGUAUCCAAAUAAUUGGACAACGAAGCGUAUAUUUGAAAAUCAAGGGGGAGAAAAUGAAGAAAAAGAAACGAACAGAGUACGGAAAAUAGUAAAUAAAAUCUCUUGUUUUAAGGCUAAUUCGGUCAAGGAAGAGAUGAAAGUGUUACAAAUUUCUUACGACUACAACGACUAGGAUUGUUAGCUCGAAUCUCUAUAGCGUCUGCUAUAUGUACGAGACGAUAUCGAACCUCAUAAAGAAAACUAUUAGGAAUACGUUAAAUCACUUUAAAUGACUUGUUUCUAUCUACUACAUGACCGCUAUCGAUCAAGUGUGAUAGAACAGAGUUGAGUAGUGUUUUGACGAUACCCCUUUCUAACCACGAAGGGAGGUGUUCACUAACGCGCUGACUCAGUUGUCUGGUUGUGUGCACAAUAUAACUUACUCCACAAAAGCAGGUGAACUCAUAGAUACACAUAGAUGUGGCAGUACCAGAUAACUGAUCCAUUAUUUGGGGAAUCUUCAUAGAUCAAGUCGGGUAUGAGAGAUAUAGGUUAGCCGCAUUAAACGUUCUCUUCAUUUUUCUAGUCAGCCUAUCUCGUAGCAUGUCACCAGGUAUAUUUCCAUCGAAUUUCAGCUUCAGAAAGAGAAAUUUCUUACUAACUGCUGACGUUGCUAUUUUCCUGUGAUUUAUCGCAUUUCUACUAGUUUUCUUUACGGGGUUCGAUAUCGUCUCGUACACAUAACAGAAGUUAUGUAAAAUUGAGCCAACAAUCUAAGUCUUUGUAUUCGUAAGAAAUUUGUAACACUUUCGUCCCUUCCGUGGCCGAAUUAACCUUAAUAUGAGAUUUUAGUUAUAGAAAUUAAUAUUUGUUUGUAGAAACGUUUUAGUGUUGAAUUGUUACAUCAAUUAGGAUUUCUUUUUCCGAGUUUCAUCUAGGUUCGCGCUAAAAAGGCUGCUUUGGCUGCAGCCAAGAAAUCGUGAACUUUGUGCCAGAGUUACCUGACAUGGUCACAGAAUUUUCCCAAAAAGAUAUAAAACUGUUCAUAUUAUGUUCGGUUUCAGCGUUUUAGCAAAAACAAUCAGUUACAUUAGACAAAUGAAGUAGGAACAACAGUUUCAGAUGUUCAUUAUUUCGUUUUUAUUUUCAACUAAACUGUUUAAUGUAAUGAUGAACUACCAAAGUUGGUCGAUUUAUAUGUAAAUUUCUUUUCCCUACAUACAACUCAUAUAAUCAGUUAUACUUAUUGAUCCUAUCAAUAUUCAGUGUCUUAAAAUGUUAACUAUUCCUUGA